AUGGUAACUAGCCCCAUCGACUCCGCGCUACAGCACUCCACCAGCGACUGUGACUGCCUUGCCACCGCUCUGGACCUUCUUGGUAAAUCAGACAGUUCGCCUGACUAUGGCUCGUCAUCGCUCAAGCAAGCCCGUACGCCCACAGAAACCCUCAUCUUUGAGAAUCGAAGCGUCGCUACCGCGGUUGACAACAUGCUCCAACGCAGCUGCGCUCACGACUCGCAAGUCCUCAUCAUCCUUGCCUUCGUCGUCUCCAAAGUCCUUGGGCGGUAUGGACGGGCUGCCAGAGUGGCUCCAUUGUCUCAAUGUGGAUCGCCACCACAGAGUCCUCGUACCUCGUCAGCCUUUGGGCAGAAGCGCCACCCUCCGUCAAGCAUGGCACUGGCCCAAAUCCACGGCGAGGACAGUUGCCGUGCAGCCGGUCAGUUGGUACUGGGAGAGUUGCAUCGAGCCUUGAAGCUGGUCAACGAGUUGGCGGCGCGACUGAAUGAGCGUGGGAGCCGUAGCAGUAGCCCGGACUGGAUGCGCCGUUCUGCAUCUGCCGGUCUCAAUGGCGAAGGACUCGGCCAAGCCAGUACGGUGUCGUUUUCCCCUACCAUGCUCGAUCAUCUCGGGAACGACCUUCGAGGUCAACUCAAGGCCGUCGUCGCAACCAUCACCGGUAUGUUGCAAGGGGCCGCCUGA